AUGUCGCUCUACUACCUCGAGACCGGCGAUUUCCGGUCCCUAUCGAUGACGCGCCAGGGUCAGGUGCUCAUCGACGCCAAGCCCCAGGUCUUCUCUUCGAACGGACAGGUGGCGGCCUCGACGCGCCUGCAGCCGUGGCACAUGGGGGCUCAGAUGCUCCUGGCGUGCGUGCAGGACUGGCAAUUGGACCGGUUGGUCAAUACGCAUCCUCACUACCAUUUACAGCCUAUUCCCCUCAACAUGGACCUGCCGUUACUCGAGAUCAUUGUGGCGGCAGUCCUGCGGCCUUGGUCAUCAGGCUGCCGCUCACCGCUGUGGCCUUCGCUUGUUCCUCGCAGACAACCAAUGGUGGUCAGAAUCCCAGCAUUUUCCACCUCUCUCGCAGGUGUCAUCACAUUGACUCCACCCAGCAACAAGAGACUUACGGCUCACGUAUUACUCGCAGAAGGCUGGGCGCGACAUGUGGAGAUCUUUGCUCCCGGGUAUCUGGCGCUGGAAACUCAGGGCCUAGAAGCGGAGUUCGAGUUGACCUGCUUGUCAGAUCAUCCCGAUAGCUAUGAAUUCGAUUGA